GUGAGUGACGAGCCGCUGGAGAGGUAGGAUGUACGUGCGCCGCGACCCAACACUGCAGUCAGUGCCGUGAUCACCAUGUUGUGCUAGUGCCAAGAGUGCCCAGUGUGAAGUAAAUAGCCCUUAUGGCGACACCGGACUACAGCCCGCACCUCAAGCGCGUGCUUAAAUCCUACCAGAAUGCAGCCAUGACAAGUCUGCACGGGCCGGGACCUAACUCUUACCUGAGCGACGCCGGUAUUAAUAAAAAGUUGGUGGAGUGCGGUGAGGAUCAGCCGUCCAUCAGGCUCCUCGAUGCCCACGCCAAGCACCAGAUCUACCGAGAGCUCAGCUUCAAGAAGGCCCUCCUCUAUGAGGAUGCUCUCAAGAACAAGUCGGAGACGUGUAGGCGGUGUGUCGAUGACAGCCAGUGUACGUGGCCACCUAGUCCGCCCACCACCCACACGCCCACCACCUGCACGCCCACACCCUGCACGCCCACACACAACACCCCAACCACCCAAACACCACCCAGCCACACGCCCACCAACAACACGCCCACCAACCACACGCCCACCAACCACACGCCCACCAACCACACUCCCACCAACCACACGCCCACCAACCACAAGCCCACCAACCACACGCCCACCAACCACAAGCCAACUUGUACAAGAGACCCCGAGCCUCGCUUGCCAGAUAUCAAAGACACUGCUGUAGAUACUGCCACCACUGCCAUCAGUUCCCCCACUGCCAGUGUCCGGUGCUCGGGCAGCGACACCUGCACCUCGGACACCACCACCACCACCACCUGCAGCAGUGGUGGUCCUGGCGGGUCGUGGGUGGAGCCAGGCAUGUUCCUGGCCCCACCGCCCUUCCCUCCGCAGCCAUGGCCGGUGCUCGCUGCUGCAGACAAGGGCUCCCCUGGGGCUGCCCGGGGGCGCCAGGAGACCCUGCUCGACGGGGAGCCCAUCGCCUGCUUCAACGUGGGCGGGGAGAAGCGUUUGUGCCUGCCGCAGAUCCUCAACACGGUGCUGCGGGAGUUUUCCCUCGGCCAGAUUAACGCCGUCUGCGACGACCUGCGGAUUUUUUGCUCGCGCUGCACGCCGUCGCAGCUAGACGCCUUGCGUGUGGCGGGCGUACUGCCCCAUACUGCCAAGUCCUGUGGACUCAUCACCAACACUGAUGCCCAGAGGCUCACCCAAGCCCUGCUGCACGCCCACCCCACCCGCGCGCCCGCCCAGGCCCCGACACACUCGCAAGAACACCCACACCUGCGCGUCUACCACACCUGCUUUGGGAAGUGUAAAGGACUUGUGUGGGACGACCUGUACACCUCUGGCGGCGCCGCCUGCAUCGAGUGCGAGGAGUGCCACGGACUCUUCCCCCCGGCCCGUUUCGUCUGCCACGCCCACAGAGCACUCGAAAACCAGACUAUCCACUGGGGCUUCGAGGCCGAGCAGUGGCGCACCUAUCUCCUGCUGGCUAAGGAUCAGCAAGUGCCUCUGGAGAAGGCUGAGGUGCAACUCAAAGCUUUUAAGAACAAGUUUGAUCCAGUUGGUGCCAAUUACAAGCGCAAACAGGAUGGUGUCGAAGUCAAGGAGGAGCUGCCCAAGAAGGUGCGGGCGGAGGAGUUACCACCCACUACAGCGCCAUCUCCCUACGCGCCUUACGACCCGUCAAUGGUCCUGUCUUACAUGUGGCGGUGUGCGAGCUUGGCGCCUUCUUGGACGGCAACUGCACUUCUCACCAGAGACGGCAAGACCCUGCCCCCACCCCCACCUGCCUUCCUCAGAGACAGUGUGCCAGCUACGGUGCCAGCGUACCUGAGCCAGGGUCCCCCGGUGCUGGCCGACCCCGCCAGAGUAGUUCCUCUCUCAGACUCCCAAAAGUUUGAGCGGCACUACCAGCCCAACGUGGCUCUGGCACCCCCUAAGGUGAGGGACAAGGCCUGCCGGGAGUUGCUGCCCAUCAAGGACCUCCCACCUCUCGACCUCCACGACCCCCACGAUGACAAACUCGCAGUUUUUCUGAUCAGAAAGCCAGUAGAAGUGGAAUGCAUAAAGCGUGAAAACUGCUCAGUGUCAGGUGGGUGUGAUCAGUCGCCCACCUCCAUCCAGGUGACGACCAGCCCCACUCGCACGCCCCAACACACUCACCAACCAAGGAAGCUGUGUAGUCCAGAUACCAGUGGACGUCAUCCAGAGCUGGAGUUGUCCACUACCGACUCUGACACUGAUUCCGUAGGAUCAUCCACCAACCACUGUGAAACAGUAGAGGAAGCAGAAGGUCUCCUUCGAGGAUGGAGUGAUAAAGCUGCAGCAGGAAAGGUAGCGCAAUUGGUUGCGGAUUUAGUAGCUCGUCUUGCUGCCAGUGAUCGUCAAAAUGCGGUUCUCAGACAGCGCCUUGAAGCACAGACACGUGUCCACAAUCAUACUGUCACAGAUCUACGCAACCAGCUCUUGGCUAACACACAACACAAUAAGGAUGAAGAUCAGUUGCGUGAGAAGGUUUGUGUGCAGAGAGAACUGCGCACUUUGCGUGAAGAGUUGCAUCCUCGCCCUCCCCCAUCUGUGAUAGCUCCCACUUCCCUUGUCAAAACUGAGCCCAGCGACGUUUCUGACACAUGUUAGGCCGCUGCCUAAGCACUGGCUCGUGCUGUCCCCAGUACCGCAGAGAUGGUCGCAGUACAAAUGUGGCACUGAUGUGCCGCCCGGGCUGCCUACUGCCGCUGCUGUUGUUGGGCACCUGGGCCCAGGCUGCUGCUGCGGACCCGUGGUCACAACCUGCUUGUGGCUACGGGUGGCCGCCCCUCUCACCGGCUUACACCUCAGGCUUGUAGUUAGGUGGGGUGGGGGCCGCGCCAUGAUCUCAGCCCGUACUCACCGCACGGGUCUCACUUGGUGCUACGCCACAGCCGUGUGUCGGGUGGUGCCACUGGCCGUACAUGGUGCUCAUGUGGGGCCACUGCCCCUCUGGUGUACAGAGGCUGUGUGGUGCCGCCCCGGCACCAGGACGCUCUGGGGGUCCAAGGGGGGAUCACUGCCCCCCCAGGGCCUAGGAAAAGCAAGUACAAACGCAUAAGUUAACGAAUCUGCUUUGUUGGGAAGGUUAAAUAUAAAAAUUUUAAAGAUUAAAUAAGUGGUUUACUUUAUGGUAAACUUAUAUACUGCCUGGUAUGCAGUGGGCAGUAGUGUGAUCCAGGUCAGCUCACCACCAAACCUGGCUCACUUAGUCCUGCUGCUGCCCUUAUAACCAUGCACGUGCGCACCAACCCAGUGAUUACUGUACCCGCGUCAGCUAUGCAGUGUUAAAUCGAGUCAGAUGUUGCUUAAGCAUCUCAUGUUGGUGGAGUGCCACUUGAACGCCAUGACCAGAGACCCAAAAAACUCCAGCAUACCUGCCCAUAAAAAUUGUUGUCACUUAAGAGAUUUAUAGUUGUACCAGUUCGGGACUCGGGUCACGGCGCUCACUUUGGCUGCUUAUUUGUGUUCAUCUAUGUAACUAGUUAAUUAUGUGUAAUGAUUAAAUCAUACACUAUUAUGUUAUUUAUAAUUCUCUACUAUAAUGCUAGUACACGUGCAGCCGUGCGUGCAAGGGGCAUAGAGAGUCCACAAUCUCUUCUCCCCACUACACCACCCUGGCCUGGCGGUCCGUGCCAAGUUCAUCUUGCCCCCUAACUUACCUGUCAUUUGUUUGUAAUAAGUAAUAAGGUUAUUUAGGUGACUCAUCAAGCAAAGCUUGGUUUAGAAUUCAUUAUUUUUGGUAGAACUGCCCCUCCAUAUAGCCAUGACGAAUGUGGUCCACUCACCGUCAUGGGCCGUUGUGUUGUAGCUGCCAUUGUAGGCUGCCUAUCAGCCACUCAUCAACAUCACUCCUUCCCGAGUGCCAUUAUGAAGGGUGACAGGUGGGCAGAGUAUGAGGUGAGUCAGCCAUGUAACAAGUGUGUGGGAGGGUAGUGCAGUGGACAUGUGAUGUUCACGGCAUAUGAUGACCGUCCGGCUCAGAGCCCUGCAUGCCUUCCUACCACUACCGCCGCCCAGUGCAGUUGCCACCAGCCAGGUGGGCACACUGCGGCACACUCCCAGUGAGAACACAACCCAGUCAGUUCCGCAGAUGUGACAAACUCCAAAAAAAAAACAAAAAAAAAACUGAAAUUAUUUGUUAUACUCAAUGGGUGGCACUAAAAUAAAAUUGUGUCCAAAGAAAA